AUGAAUCCUUAAGAAAAAUUAGAUUAAAUAUCCUAAUAGGUUGAUUCUUUAAGUAGGAAAUAUGGUGAAAGAAGUAUUUCACCUAGUUAAGAUUCUUCAAGAAAGAAUAGUAUAAUUUCAAUUAUAUCCAAGUGCGUCGAAUUAAAAGUAGUGCUCAAUCAUUAAAAACUUUCAAUAUGAAACCUCAAUAGUAAAACUUUCUAAAAACAUCUAAAGAAACAUCUGGAGGAGGAUUCUAUAAGAGAUCUUAAAUUAUGGGUACAUCAUUUCCUUCAAUACGUACAAAAGAAAAACAGAAGUAGUAUUCUAAAUUAUUCAAGUAAUGAUUAAAAAUAAGGAAAUACAAAAAAAGAAGAAAGUUUAAGUUUGGUUUAAAUAGAUUCAGUUUUAGGUAUCAAAUCAUUAUUGGGACCUAAUCAUCAUUGUCAGUUCGAAAUAUAAGUAAAAAAUCUUGUAGCGAAAUUGGUAUAAAAUAUAAGUCUAAUAAUUUAAGGAAGCAAGUGAGUUAUUAACUAUAAAAGCAAAGGAUGAAUUGGAAAGCGUAAUUUGGAUGGUCAAAAAUUACAAUAGUGAAGGAUUGAUAUCGAAAUUAUUACAAUUGUAAUAAUUAAAAAAUGAAUUAGAGAAGGAUUAACAAUUAAUGAGGGAUGAAAUUGAAAUGUUAGGAAUGCAAAGAGAUAAUUGGUAAACUAAAUAUUAGGAAAUAUAUGAAAAGUUAUUGAAAAUGCAAGGAAUAGAAAAUGAUCUCCAUGAUGCAUUGCAUAAAUUGUAGAUGUCGAAUGAAUCAUUGGAAUAGAUUAAUAGAAGAUUAAGAGAGAAAUAAUUAGAGGUUUAAGAUUGGUAAAGGAAAUGUAAUACACAUGAUGAAUAAUUUAAAAUAAGAAUAAAUAAAUUAGAAGAGACAUUGAAGGAGAAGGAAACACAAAUAUAGCAAUUAUAAAAGAAAUUAUAACGAUUGGAUAGUGAGAGUGCAUUUUUAUAAUAAGAGAUGAAGAAUAAGAGUGAAAAAUUAGAAGAAGAGUAAAGAAGAUCAAAAUAAUUACAUGCUGAGUUAUUAGAUACAAGAGUGAAUAAGGUUUAGAAUUUAUAGGAUGAAAUUGCUAAAUAAAAAAAGGUUAUAUAAUAAAGAGUGGAAGAGAUUGAAGAAUAAGAAAAGAAAAAUAAAUUAUUGAAUGUAAAGAAUUAUUAAACUAUUUAUAUAGAAUAAAUUAAAUUUAUUAGAAACUUAAUUAAAGAAUUUUGAUGAUGUAGCUAGAUAAGAGAAAGAAGAGUUAGAAAAGGGAUGGUAGAAAAAAUAUAAAGAAUUAGAAAAAUUAAGUGUUUAAUAUAAAAGAGAUUUGAAUUAAUUAGAAAUCUAAUUAUAAUAAGUUGAUUUAUUAGUUUAAUAGAAAGAACAUGAAGUAGAAUAGGCUGUAGUUAAAAUAAAAGAAUUAUCAGAUUUAAAUGAAAGAUAAUUAUAAACAAUAUAAGCUAAUUCUAUUGAAAUACUUAGAUUGAAUCAAGAAGUGGAAGAAAAAGAUUAAGAUUUAUAAUAUGCAGAAUAACAACAUGAAGAAAUUUCUAAAGAAAGAACUGUAUUGAUGGAAAGAAUAGAUCUUUAGAAUAAUGAGAUUUCUGAUUUGAAAUAAUAAGUAUUUUAAAUGAAAAAGGAAUUAGAAGGAUUAAGGUGGGAGAAGUAAGAUUAAGAUAGAAAACUUGAAAGAUUAAAUGAAUAAAUAGAGUAAGCAAAUUAAAGUUCAAAUUAAUAUAGAUAAUAAUUAGAUGAAGAGAUUAAAAAAACCUAUUAAUUAUAUUCUGAAAUCAAUAAAUUCAAAUAAGAUAUUGAAGAUUUAUAAGUUUAACAUUUAAAGGAAAUGUAAUAAUAAUAGAAGAUUAUUGAUGGUAAGGAAGGAGAUAUAAAAAAACUUCAUGAUAAAUUAUAAGAAUUUUAAGAUUAAGAUAAAGAUUUAUCAGACAAAUUAAAAAAAUUGAUAAAUGAAAAUGAAAACAAUAGUAAGUUAAUUCAAUAAUUGUAGAAUGAAAAAUAGGAAUUGGAGUAGUAAAUUUAAGAAUUAAAGAAAUUAUUGAAUGAAUUAUCAAAUGAUAAAUAAUAAUUACUUUAAAAAAUAGAAGAGAUAAAAAAUGAUAAAACUGAAGUUCAAUUAUUAUAGGUGGAAAUAGAAAAAUUAAAAGCAGAUUUAGAAUAAAAAAAGAACUAUGAUGAAUUGAAAGAGAUUGCUAGCUAAAUUAAUUCAGUUUAUGAAGAGAAGGUUUCUUUAGAGACUUAAAGAAAUGAAUUAUAGGUUUAAUUAAAUAAAACAACAGAAGAACUUAAGGAAUGGAAGGAUAAAUUAAUUAAAUUAGAAAAUGAAAAGAAAAAGAAUGAUGAUGAAUUUAAAUAAUAUAAAGAUAGAGCAGAAGAGUAAUAAGAAAUUUAUUUAUAAUCAAUAAAAGGAUUAGAAAAAAAGAAUCAUUAGCUCAAUUAAGAAUUACAAAGUGUUCUUGAUAAAAUGGAGUCUUUAGAAGAAGCACUUUAAAAUUAAAACAAAGAUAUUAAAAUAAUUCCUAAAUAAGCUUAAGUUCCUCUUCAUAGAAAUAAUACCUUUUAAUAAAUUUUUGUUGAAGAUAAGGUAUUCUCUAAAGAAAGUACAAAUGAUGAAAUUCUACUAAGAUUCUCAGAAAUCGAUUUUAGUAGAUCUAAAGGUCAUCUAACAAUUUGUUUUUGGGUUAAAAUUGAUAGAACAAAUUCAAAAGAAAUGCUUCCUAUUCUAAAAAUUAGUACAGAAAAUAAAAAAUUAUUAGAGAUGGGUGUUUAUUUAGAUACUAGAUAAGUAUAUAGCACUUUUAUUCCUAACAAUCAUCCAAAAAAUACUAAAUAAUAGAAUCCAUUAACUGUAACUUCUUAAUUACCAAUUAAAUUGGGAGAGUUUUAAUUAUUAGCUUUAAUUUUAAAUGAAUCUGGGUAAUAUAUGGAUAUGGGUUUAUGUUUAAAUGGAGUUAGGGAUGAUUAAGUUUCUAUUUCAACUUCUUUAAUUUUUCCAGAAGCUCAACUAUCAUUUGGAAAAUAUACAACUCAUCAUCUAGUUUUAAAAGAUUGUUUAGUAAUCACAGAGAAUUUAUAAAGAGUUAACAUUUUUAAAGAAGUAUAUUAAACAUUUUAUUAAAAAUAUAAUGGUAUAAAAAAGAUGAGUAGAAGGUAUGGAUAAAAGAAAGAAAAUAUAUCCUAUUUUUCUGCAGGAGAUCUUAUAUUUUUUUUAAUUUAAUAACAUGAACAAUCUCCUCCUAAAUCAGGAAGUAGAUCUAAAUCUCCUCCACCUACUUAAGCAGUGAUUAUUAAUAAUAAAACUAUUCCAGCAGGAUUAGUAAAUUAAUAUGAAUUAGCCAAUACUUAAAUUAAAACCGAAGAAACUAAACCAGAAGAAGUAUAAGAAUAACCAUAAUGGAGUAGAAAAUAUUCAGUUGAAAAACUCAAGAAAUUCUUAUUUACUAAUUUUAAUUAUAAAAGAUUGUUAAAUCCAUUCACUGAAAAUUAUGAUUAUAUUUCUUUAGGAUUGUAAUUAUUACAACCACCACGUAAUGAUGAAUAACCUCCAACCAAAUUUCAUAAAAUAAUCAAACCAAAAAUACAAUUAUCUCCUUAUUAUAUGAUGCCUUAUAAAUAAUUUUUAAAUUACAUAUAAUUUGUCGGAUUAUUAAGAGUUACUUUUGAAGAACUACACGAUUUAUGUGAAUUGAUGGAAGUAAUCUAUACAAUAGGUAAAGAAAAAUAUAUUCAUUAUGAUCACUUUCUGAUUGUUUUAAGAGAAUGUAUUAUGCCUAGAGCACAAUUAUAGAAGAAAAAAGAAUAAGAAAAAGGUGAACCAUAACCACCUUAAAUUAUUGAAUCUUACAAACAUUUUUAUAAAGAAAUAAUUAUAAAAUCUACAGGUAUAGAUGAACAAGAAGUAGAAUUAUCUAAUGCUGUUGAAAUUAAUGAAAUUUCAAUCAAUAAAAAUGAUCAAAUUACUUAAUUAGAUGUAAAAUUAAAGAAUGAAUCUUUACAAACCUACCCACUUGAACAUUUACCUGGUGCUUUAGUAGGAACAUUGAAUCUAUCUUAAUAAAAAAAGGUUAUAUUUAUAUUUUCAAAUGAUUCUUAAAUAAUAGAAAUAAAAACAGACACUAAUUCUUUAUUGUUAGGAGAAUAAUGUGAAUUAACAUUAAGUCAUGAAUUAGAAUUAGAGGAAAAUGAAAAAAUAGUCAAAUUUAAUAUCUAGGAUAAAUAAAUUAGAGUUGUUAUCUAAAAUUCAAAAAAAAUAAAAGAAGAAAUCUAAGUAUAUUUCUUAUUUAUCAUACUAGCCUAUAGAAAUGGAUCCAGAAACAGAAUUAGAAUCUUUGAGUUUGCCUUAAGUUCCAGAUAAUUGGAAUUUAGGCAAAUUCUAUGUAAAUAUUACUAGAUGUUAAAAUUGUGAUAAACAUCAAUAAACUACAAGACAUGAAGAAAAAGACUUCAUUGAAAAAACAGAAUAUAUUUCGAAUCUUCUUAAAGAACUAUUUCCAAAUGUUGAGAUUAUUGAAAAUGAAGAUAAAACUGAUAAAUUAGAAAAUUUUGAAGUCUAUAUUAAAAAUGCAAUUGGUCCUGAAAAAGUUAUGCUUCUUUAAAAAUAAGAGAGCAUGAUUAAAUUUAAAGAUAAUUUUAAUGAUAAAUUGCCGAAUCUAUUUGAAAAACUUAUGAGAAUAAUUAAUUUUUAUGGUACUACAGAGAAAUUAGGACAAGAAUAAGAAAAGUUUAAGUGA